CUAUUGUGAACGUCCGCUGGCAGUUUUUUUUAUAUUAUUUCAUUUUGGCAUUUCUUUUUGUUGCAAAAAAAUUUAAAACACAUGUUUCUCAAACCUUAUAGACUGAAGAGCAGCGCUGCGCUCAAGGGUUCGGAGGUAAAGAAGCUGCGCGCUCGUUUGGAGUUGGCUUUUCCACAUAUAUCGGCGGAGCAAUUGUUACCGGCAAAAGCAAAUGUGACGCAGCUGAAGAUACUCACACAUGGCGGCGUGGCGAGCGUUGUUUACUGCGUGGACAAGCAGCCCAUGUACUUUGAGCUGGAUGGUGGACAGCUAGUGCCCACGCUAUACGCAUUGUGGUCAACGCGGGAGCUGCUGCCGUAUUUCACAACGCACGAGGGCGUGCUGCCCAAGCUGACAAAUGGCGCGGAUUUAAUGCUGCCAGGCGUGGUGCCGCUGGGCGUGGGAUUAAGCAUGUAUGGACACUACAAAAAGAAUCAGCUGAUUGCUGUUAAUUUGACCAACAACAAUGCAGCCAUAGGCGUCGGUCAGCUGGCGCGUGCCAGCGAUGAGCUGUAUAUGUGUGGUGGACAUGGUGUGGCUGUCAAAAUGCUGCAUAUAUUUGGCGACAAGCUGUGGUCACAUGAGCCCAGCAUGCUGCAGCAGCUGCCCAUGCUUAAAACCAAACCCUUAAGCAGCGAAGACUUUCCCGCCUUGGGUGCGGCACCAACUAAAGCGCCCAAGCCUGUGACACCAGAGCUGCUGCCGCCACCAACUGAGACAGUAGAAGACUGGGAGGAGUUGGAGUCCAGCACAGCUGCAAUCACACUUGAAGAGCCAGUAGAAGACCCCACAGCUGCGGCAGAAACAAUUUUAAAAAAUGCCUUCUUAACUGCUCUCAAGCAUCAUGGCAAGAAGCUGCCUUUACCCCUGUUGACCAGCAACUUUUAUCGCCUUUAUGUGGUUACGGAAGCAGCAGAGCCCAUUGACCUGAAGAAAACGCGCUACAAGAAGCUCUCCAACUUCCUGGCUGAAAUGGUGGAUCAAGGCUUUAUAGUGGUGCGCGAGGAAACCAAAGGCGUGGAUAAAAUUAUGUCUGUGGAUCUGGAACAUCCAGAGCUUGUCAACUUUAUAACAGAUGUCAAAAAGGGCGAAGUCAGCGGCGGAAAUGCAGAGACGCCACUCUUCCACUCCGAGCUCAAGGAGAUGUAUAUAGUAUCCGAUGCCACCGCUGCAUUCUUCACCAAAAUGAACUUUAAACGCGGCGAGGGCAUCCCUGUGGCGCAGCUUAAGAAGAUUGUGCGCGAGUAUAUGAGCAAACACAAUCUGCUGGAUGUGCAGACCAAGCUGGUCAAACCGGAUGAAGUGCUGUUGGAGCUCUACGGCGACAGGCAGUGCAGCUUGAGUGAAGCUACCACAUUGAUAGCCAGCAAAAUGGAGCAUUCGUAUCAAAUGUGCAGCGGCAAAGACACCAGCGGCAAACCUCAAAUACAAAUGUCGCUGGCAACACGCUCGGGCAACAAGAAGGUCACCUUGGUUAGCAAUAUUGAAGCCUAUGGCAUCAUUAUGGCAGAGCUUAUAAAGCUGUGCAAGCAGGGCGCCGCUGCCAGCACUAGUAUUGUGAAACUGCCUCACCAAAAGCACGAACAGCUUCAAGUGCAGGGAAACCAGGUGCGCUUUAUCUAUACGCUGCUCACAGAGACCUACAAAGUGCCUCCCAAAUGUAUAUUGGGCUUAGAGUUGGCCAAGGAUGGCAAGAAAAAGAAAAAGUAAAUAAUCCUUAUAAUUGAC